AUGGAAAUGAGUCAAAAUACAAGGCCCAGAUAUGGAUACAAACGUUUGUCGAUAGAUAAUGAAAUUUCAGAGGACGAAGAUACAAGACUAAUGGAUGAGACUGGUGCUUCGAAUUCUUCGACACAUGAUGGUGGUGGCUCAGUAUCAAAUAUGACAGUUCAUACUCUAAAUAACAAAAAUAUGAAAGAACAGUCGACAUGGUUUGUGUGGAUUUUGUCAUUUUUUGCAGCAAUCGGAGGGUUUCUGUUCGGAUAUGACACAGGUGUGGUGUCUGGUGCAAUGUUACUUCUCACUAAACGAUUUAAACUGACGUCAUUAUGGCAAGAAAUUAUUGUUAGUAUCGCCAUAGCGACAGCAUUUAUUGGUGCCAUAUUUGGAGGUUUUUUCAACAAUAAAUUUGGACGUAAAGCAACGAUCGUGCUAGCUAGUUCGCUGUUUACAGUCGGUGCUGUGGUUCUCGGGGCAGCGGAAAAUAUUGCCAUGUUGGUUGUUGGCAGAGCCAUUCUUGGGUUAGGAAUAGGUCUAGCGUCAAUGACAAUACCAAUGUAUAUAGCAGAAUGUUCUCCGAGUCAUAUCCGGGGGAAGAUGGUGACGGUCAACACUCUGUUUAUAACUGGAGGUCAGUUUAUAGCCAGUGUUAUUGAUGGUGGAUUCAGUUAUACCAAUGAUGGCUGGAGGUAUUAUUCAGCCACCAUUAUUAAAAUGGGAGGAAUAUCGGAUGAACAUGAAGCUAUCUGGUUGGCUGCUCUAACAGCUAGUAUUAACUUUAUUUUUACUAUCGUUGGUAUAUUAGCUGUUGAUAGAUUCGGUCGUAAACCCCUAAUUCUUACUAGUCUUGUAGGAGUAACAAUAAGUUUAAUCAUCCUGGCCGUGGGAUUUCAACUGGCAGCCGUCCAUUCUCCACCCAUCACACAAUAUAAUACAACAUCAGGGUUAGAUAACUCUACUUGUAGUUCUUACAGAUUUUGUGAGAGUUGUAUCAAAGACACCAGUUGUGGUUAUUGUUUUACAACGUCUGCUAACGAUUCCUACAAUGGUAGUUGCCUAGCAACCUCGACCACAGACAGCACACAUUCCUUACAUGGUCAGUGUAAUAAAACGAAUCUGAGUGGUGAUUUGGUUUGGGCGUAUGAAUACUGUCCGACAUCGUACUCCUGGAUUAUUAUUGUUGGACUCGUGUUCUAUCUUAUGUUUUUCGCGCCUGGUAUGGGACCCAUGCCCUGGACGUAUAAUUCUGAGAUAUACCCACUCUGGGCUAGAAGUACGGGGAAUUCUCUCUCUGCUGCUACUAACUGGCUGAGUAAUCUUAUUGUUUCCAUGACAUUUUUAACACUUACAGAAACUCUUACCAAGUAUGGAACGUACUGGUUAUUUGUUGGAAUCUGUCUACUGGCUCUCGCGUUUUUCUUCUCUGUGUUACCAGAAACUAAAGGGAAACAACUGGAGGAGAUUGAGACGUUAUUCGAUGAACCCUGGAGUAAAUGUUGUGGAAGCGGCCAUGUUGAGAAUUCUUACAAUCUCCAGAACUCUUGA